GCCUAUCUUGCGCAAAGUACUAACGUUUUGCCGUGGUGUUUUCCGGGGUGGCAAUCAUUUUGUGCAAACAGUUCACGAAACUGGAGAACUCGCAUCUCACUCAGGCUACAGUCGGUGCCAACCGCGCAUCGCUCACCGACAGGCAGCUACUCUUGUCUGUGGCAGGUGCCCCGACGCUAAUGUGCCACGAUGACAGUUGUGCCCAGGGUGUGAUCCAGGAGUCGGAAAUCUUACUGGAACAUUUCUGAAUUACAAGGUAGACCGGACGUGAAACACCAGGGGAGUUUGCGGUUGGCUAUGCACGUCUCAGGCUCUGGGCCCGGGAACUCCAUGGUGAACUGAGGGACAACAGGCGCAUUCAGUCAUGGGUCUUGGACAGUCCAGCAAGGCACCCACGGCAGAGGACACCGAGGAAGUCAACUUUGACCACUUCCAGAUCCUCAGAGCCAUUGGGAAGGGGAGCUUUGGGAAGGUCUGCAUUGUCCAGAAGAAGGACACGAAGAAGAUGUAUGCUAUGAAGUACAUGAACAAGCUGAAGUGUGUGGAGAGGAACGAGGUGCGCAACGUCUUCAAGGAGUUGCAGAUCAUGCAGAACCUGGAACACCCCUUCCUCGUCAACUUCUGGUAUUCAUUCCAGGACGAGGAGGACAUGUUCAUGGUGGUGGAUCUACUCCUGGGGGGAGACCUGCGCUACCACCUGCAGCAGAACGUGCACUUCUCCGAGUCCACCGUCAAGCUCUACGUCUGUGAGAUCGCCCUGGCACUACACUACCUGCGCAACAAACGCAUCAUCCACAGAGACAUCAAACCAGACAACAUCCUACUGGACGAACACGGUCAUGUGCAUCUGACGGACUUCAACAUCGCCGCCGUGGUUAAGGAGGACCUGAAGGCCUCGUCAAUAGCUGGAACCAAGCCAUACAUGGCACCGGAACUCUUUCAACCCUUCGAGGGGACUCAUCCCGGCUACUCGUUCUCUGUAGACUGGUGGUCUUUAGGCAUCACGGCCUACGAACUCCUCAGAGGACAGAGGCCCUAUGUGAUGCGCUCCAGCACGCCAGCCAAUGAGAUCAUCCAGACCUUCCACAAGGUCCACCCCAGCUACCCAGCAGCCUGGUCCAUAGAGAUGAAGUCUCUACUCAGAAAGCUGAUGUGCAUGGACGUGUCCAAGCGUCUCUCCAGCCUGGCGGAGCUGCAGGAGCAGGACUACCUCAGUGACGUCAACUGGGACGCCGUGCUCAGCAAGCACAUCUCCCCGCCAUUCAUCCCCAAUAGGCGACGUCUGAACUGCGACCCCACGUUUGAGCUGGAGGAGAUGAUCCUGGAGUCCAAGCCGCUCCACAAGAAGAAGAAGAGGCUGGCCAGGAAGUCAAGAGACAACGGCUCCGACGGGUCACCACAGAACUGCCAGCUGCAGCAGCGGUUGGACAGCGUCCAAAGAGACUUCUUGAUCUUCAACAGAGAGAAGCUGAGGAGAACCACGUCGGACAGUGAGGGCAAUGAUGAGCUGAUAAAGGAGAAGGCGGCCAUUGAGGAUGGGCAGAACAACAACGUGGACCCCCCUGCUGUGACAGAGCCCCCAGCUGUGACAGAGCCCCCUGCUGCGACAGAGCCCCCUGCGACAGAACAGCCAGAGUCUGCGUAGUCUCCCUCCCGUCCACCAGAGAGAGCUACUCACGUCUGGGACUCGCUCCUCCUGUGCCCUCCUUGCAGUACUCUUCUCUCUUUCACUCCCUUUACUACUCAAC